AAAGCCCUGAGGGUUUGGUGAGGGGCUGUCUGUAGGCGCCAUGUUGGGCCAAGAAGGAGGCAAAAAGAAACCCCUGAAACAGCCCAAGAAGCAGGCCAAGGAGAUGGAUGAGAAAGAUAAGGCUUUCAAGCAGAAACAGAAAGAUGACCAGAAGAAACUUAAGGAGCUAAAAGCCAAGGCCUCGGGGAAGGGACCCCUGGCCACGGGUGGAAUUAAGAAAUCUGGCAAAAAGUAAGCUGUUCCUCAUAUCUGAGAUGAUGGCGACCCUCUUCCAUUCCUAUUUAAACAUCUGGAUUCCUGACCAUAACAUCUUUGCCUAGAAUGGAGUGUUAUCCUGUAGCCUUUUAAACAUCUGGAUUCCCUACUAUAACA